AUGGAUUUCAUCAAGACCAGUUCCCUGCGUGCUCUGAUUGAGUUAACUUUCCAAUGCAAGUGGAACGGCCUAAUUUGGAUGAGUAGAAAAGGAGUUAUAGCCAAAAGAGUGAAGGCUGCUCCAGACGGCCAUAUCGAGAAUCAGCGCCCGAACGCGCAGUCCGGCUGGCCGAGGAACGAAUGUUCCGCGCUCGGCCAAAGCUGUGUCCGUCCGACUGAUCGCUCGGCCGAUCACGCUCACGACCCGGGAAACUCAAGCCCGCGGUCGGCCAAGCCAACGCCACGCCACGCCGCGCACGACCAAGCGCGCGAGCCGGGAAACGCCUCGCGGCCGCGCAACUCGUCCGUACCGCGCCGAUGCAUCCGUCCGACCGGGAGAACGCCCGCGUCCGGCCGAGAGAUUUCAUCGGCCAAAUCUAUCCGCCCGACCAAGCCGGCCGACCGUGAAUCCAUCCGGCCCCGACCGUUCCGACUCAGCCAAACCCGACUGUCCGGCCGAUCGUCCCGACGACCGUCCGAACGCCGCGGUCGACCCGAAGCCGUUUUUGAAGCCCAAUCCGCACAAUUCAAGCCCAAAGCCGGCGCCGACCUAGCUAGAUUAGCUUUUCAGGUUUUCCUAGUUAGACAUGGAGAAGGAGCCACAAGCCUCUUCCCCUAUAAAGGCGAUGCCAAUUCGCCACAUACCACCUCAAAGCACCUCUUGAGCGAACAAGAGAUGUUAAGCCCUCAAGCACCACCACCUUCAUGGGAUAGUCCUCCAAGACCAUCCACUUUGAAGACAAAGAAGAAACUUCUUCCUUACCUUGAAGCAGCCGACCUGGAGACGUCUAGCCAAGCCGCAUCACACCAAGAAGAAUACCUUCUAGCCACACCAGAAGAGGAGAUUAACCCUGAGCUGAUCGAGUUCGUGAAGAGAGAUCAAUUCCAUGAUCUGUUUUCAGAGUAUGCAUUGGAGCACAUAGAUCACUUUGACAAUCUUGUUUGCAAGAAGCCACCUUUCAAAUCCAAGUACCACCACUACUCUCAUCAGCUGGAAGGAGAGCGUGAUGAAGAAGAAUGGGGAGGCAUACCACCCAUCCUCAUCAAUGAAGAGCUAAUCAAGCAUGUGGAGAGGAAUCCUUUCUACAACUCUAUUUCAGAAUGUGCAAAGGAGCAUCUAUGCAACUUUGAGCAGCUUUGUCAUGACUAUGGACUUGGAGACAACCCCAAGAAGAUACAACUUUUCCAACUAUCACUAGCUGGACAAGCCAAAGACUGGGCUAAGUUCAAUGCCCAACAUGCUUUCAAGACUUGGAAUGGAUACAAAGGAAGCUUUCCUCCACAGAUUUGA